CUCAUCAACUCACCAAUCAGCAAUCAGUUACCAGAUUCUUUCCUUGAACAAACUCAAUCUGUUCAAUCAUGUCAAACAACUCAGGAUUCGAUUUCUCUCAUCAUAUACGUAAUGCUUACUUAACCUCAACUGCUGGUCCAUCUAAACUUUCACUGCCAAAAGCGACUAGUACCGGUACCACCAUUGUUGGUUUGAUUUACGAUGGUGGAGUUUGUUUAGGAGCUGAUACUCGUGCUACUGAAGGUCCUAUAGUAGCUGAUAAAAAUUGUGAAAAGAUUCAUUUCAUUUCAGAUAAUAUUAGAUGUUGUGGUGCAGGUACUGCAGCUGAUACUGAAUUUGUUACGGCUAUGAUCUCUAGCAAUAUCGAACUUCAUGCUUUAUCCACAGGUAGACAACCACGUGUGGUAACAGCCAUGACAAUGUUAAAACAACAUUUAUACAAGUUCCAAGGUCACGUAGGUGCAGCCUUAGUAAUCGGCGGAGUAGAUCCAACUGGAGCUCAUCUCUUUACAGUAGCACCUCAUGGUUCGACCGACAAAUUACCAUAUGUCACCAUGGGAUCCGGAUCACUUGCAGCCAUGUCUGUCUUUGAAUCGCAAUGGAGACCUAAACUAUCUAAAUCAGAAGCUAUCGAAUUAGUAGUCUUGGCUAUCCAUGCUGGUAUCUUUAAUGAUUUGGGUUCAGGUUCGAAUUGUGAUGUGUGUGUGAUUGAAAAAGAUCAUACUGAGAUGUUAAGGAAUUAUUCAAUGCCAAAUGAAAGGGUACCUAAAGAAUUAAGUUAUAAGAUGAGACGUGGUGCUACUGCUUGGAUCAAACACGAUGUACGAAAGUUAAUUGUAGAUGAAUCUAUCACCAAGAUUGAUAAUAAAUCAGACAAGAAAGCUUCAGAAAAGAUGGAUAUGGACAAGUAAUGAUGAAUGAUCAAUGAAAAAAAGUCCUAAAAUUGUUUUUUUUUUGGUUUGAACUCAGUGGUUUUGAAACAACCUUUUGGUCAGAAGUUUUGUCGAUUGAUUCAAAGUUUUUGUUAGUUAUUAAAUUUUGAAUCAAUUUUAGACUAACCAAGAAAUGUGAAAUCAC